GCCCUUUUCGUCAUGAGCAGACGGAAUUACGUCAAGCCGCAUCAAACGCCACCAUUCAGGGCAGGUUUUUAUUAUGCAGAAACACGAUUUAAAAAAAUCUCCAUACAAUACGACCGAAUAGUAAUAACGCGAGACUUUGUAAGUUACCUCCAGUUUUGCAGUUUCAACUGCCAAAAGGUGGAGCGGAUAGACGCGUGAGCUAGCAGCUGUACGGUAGGCACGAACAGUACGCCAAGAGAAUUCCCGUAGAAAAUCAGGCAAGGAGGAAUGGACCCCUCCAGUGUUUCCUGUUUGGAUAAGCCAUCCUCAGGCAUGUUCAAAGGACGCCCACCCAAACAGUCUCACCCCCCGGAGAAAGUACAGAUGGACAGCGCUGAAAAUGACAAUCAUGGUCCCUCCUGCAAUAAGAGAACAGACAACAAGAAGAAGGGGUGCUGCCAUGUGGAGGUGCCAGACCUUUGCACAAUCCCUGAAAGGAAGUUCAGUUAUGGCUGUCCCUACUGCAAGGCUGUGUUUGCCACAAAAGUGCACCUGCAGAAGCACAAGCUGUGGAAUCAUUCAGAGAGGGUCAACAUGGACAGCAAGAUAGCAAUGACCAUGGAGCCAAUGGCUGAGCCGAAAGCCAAGCUGAAAAUGCAAAAAAAACCUGUAAAGAAAAAUACUAAAAAGAGGGUAUGGACCUCUUCUCUCAGGCCUAUGGAGAACAGCCCCUCCUCGCCAGUCUUUUUAAAGGUAAAGAAGAACCAGGAAAUGUCCCAGCACUUACAGAAUGGUGAGUGCACUGACCAGAUGACAGAGAAAAAUGAACAGCACAGCUCCCAGCAACAGCAACAAAAGGGAACUCUCUUGGAUGGUGGGGACAGUGAAAGCGAAGGAAUCAGUCUACCUCUAACUUUUCCUGAGGAAGACCCAGAAAGGAUGAAGCAUAGGAGGAAACAGAAAACUCCAAAGAAGUUCACUGGGGAGCAGCCCUCCAUCUCCGGAACAUUUGGUCUAAAAGGGAUGAACAAAGUGGAUGAGAAGCUGAAGGUAGGCAGGACCCAGCGACCAGAGGGGGCACCAUUUGGAGGCAAUGGCAAUGUGGGGGAACCACAUUGCCAUUGUCAAGCACCACCCCUUGAUUCUGAGGCACAGGAAGCCAUUUUGGAGCACAGUGAGGUGUCCUGCUCCACUUGUUCCAUUGUCACCUACAAGACUUGUCCUGGCUUCAAAAAGCACUUGAAGAUCUGUCAAAAGGCCCCGAUCAGUGAGGAAACUGAUUUGGAUAGUGUGAAGGUGGAUGAGAAAGUGCAGUCUCCCACUGACAAGACAAAAUCAGAUCCAGCCAAUAUGAAAAUAAAGAAAAGAAUGGAGGAGAAGAGAGAGAAUAAAAAGGAUGAAAGUGUGGAGGCUGAAGAGGAGUUCUUGGACCUAGAGCGCACUCCCAGUGGCAGGGUGAGGAGGCGCUCCGCCCAGGUAGCUGUAUUCCACCUGCAGGAAAUUGCAGAGGAUGAACUGGCCAAGGACUGGGCAACCAAACGUCGCAUCAAAGAUGAUCUUGUCCCUGACAUUAAAAGGCUGAAUUACACACGACCGGGCCUUCCCACCUAUAAACCUGAAACCUUGGAUACUUGGAAAAAUGCAGUGAAGGAAAAAGGUUUCAUCUGUUGUCCCAACAGUAGCUGUCAGGCCAUUUAUUCAAGUGUGUCAGGACUCAAAGCUCAUCUUACCAGCUGCAUCAAGGGAGGGGUCAUUGUGGGAAAGUAUACAUGCCUGCUGUGCCAGAAGGAAUUCAGCUCUGAGAGUGGGGUGAAAUACCACAUUUGUAAGACACACUCUCAGACUAGUGCACCAGUGUCAGCUGCUCUCACCUCCUCUUUCCGCACACCCUGCUGUCCCCUCAUUUUAAUUCAGAAUUGGUUUCGAGCAACAGGCCACGUGUCUAAGAGCAAGAACAAAGAUUCACAGAGCUACAAGGUGCAGAAAGACAUGAAAAAUGGAGUACCCUGGAAGAAAAGGGGACGGAAACCCAAAGAACGUCUGGUUGAAACAGCGUCCACUCAAGAAAAGACUUUGAGUACUAGCAGUGGACCUUCCGUGAAUCACCAAACCCAAAAUCCAAACACAAGCCAAACACCAGUCCAAACAUCAAGCCAGAACCCAACCUACACCACCCCCAACAAUAUCCCAACACCAAUAGAUGGUAUAGCUCUUAUCCACAAUAGAGAUUUGCAGCCUCCUGUUAAGAAGAGAGCCAAACCUAAGAAAGCACUACUCACAGAGUAACAUGACUUUCACCACUUAAAUACCAGACAGGAUGUUGUUAGCAAUAUGCCAGUAAACAAAC